AUGCCAUCGCCUGUGUCCAGCGAGGUCGUCAGUAACCAUGCGCCUAAAGAUCACCCGCUUCUACCCUCCGACCCCACCCCCUUCUCCGGCCCAGCGCUCCCUUCAGACAUCCUCGCCCUCAUUUUUCCCCUAUACGUCUCUGUUGCUUGUCCCGGAAGCAAGGCAUUCACCAACCUCCUCUGUCUCAACCGAGAAAUCCACGACAAGAACAUCAACAGGGCGUAUGAGAGGAUUACAUUGACGAAAGAUAAUGUCGACGCGUUCUUCAAGCCUUGGUGGGAUUGGUGCGAGAUGGCUGAGUGGAAGGACACCCGAGACUACAAAAGGAAGUAUCCAGAUGGCCCGCUUAAUGACGGUCGCAUGUCUGUUAGGACGUGGCUGGGUACCGAAGAGAAUGUCGCCAGGAAUAGGUAUAUCACCUUUGCCGAUUCGUGCGCUCUUUACGAGACAGCUCGGUUCCUGCAGCGAAACCCGUGGGAACGAUGGGUCGAUUCCUGCCGCCAAACAGAAUUCAAGAAAUCUCCCCAACGUCUCUUCGAGAACCUCCACCACAUCACCUACCCCGCCUCUCUCUUCCAACCCACGUCAAUCUGUCACGUAGCUUGGGGCAUGCACAGGGCCUCCUUAACGAAAGCUCGCUACGUCUGUAUCGAGAUGCCUCCUUGGCCGAUUUCUAAGGUGGCAAUCGAUGCGCUACGCAGCCCCUUUACCGGCAAAUCUUCUCCAUGGAAGUUGACAGUGCAUAAUUGCUCUUCGUUUAUCGAUGUGCCGUUGUUGGAUUUGGAGUCAGAUACCUGGGUUGAGGUUUUCAUGGGGAGUCCGAAGGACACGUCGGGGUCUGAGCGGGUGGAUGUGGAAGACAUGGAGUUCCUACAGGAUCACACUCGCACUAAUUACUUUAGCCAAGUCUUUGGUGGGACGGGCUGGUUAACUCGACCCAACUUUGUUGUACAUCAUGCAGCGCAAACGCAAGAGGACAUUGGCAGUGUUUACUUUGAUAAUGAUAUGUAUGAUGGGGAGAAGAUGACAAUCUAUACAGACGAUGAGUGUCGGGCACAUGAGGAGCUGGAUUGUAUGUGUGGAUUGAAAGUGUGCCAGGCGGAGAUUUACGACUUGACGAGCGACGAGGACUCAGAAGGGUUCGAGGACAGUGGGGAAGACAGUCCGAUAUCUGGAUGA